CGGUUUGUCAAUGGCACCCGGACACUUUCUGAGCCAUAACUAUGCUUAACAAUUUAUCUUCUCGUGCGUGGAUAUAUUGGUUAUCUCAGAAGGUGUUUAUUUAAUUUAGUUUUAUUCAUUUUUGUUAGUGUUUUUUGAUUGGAAGCGAGCAUGUGUCUUGGCUCGCCUGGAUCGCAGAGGUGCCACCGGGAGUGAGGAGGGCAACAUGCGCCGCUGGGAAAUGCUUUUACACCGGGAGAUUUAUGGAAUAUAGCCCGGUUUGCCACAGCUUCUGGUCGAGCCCCGUGAAGAAGAAGCUACUUUUGCUCAGCAUCAUGUUUUUAAUUUGGGUUUACAUGCUGUACUCCUGUGUGGGCUACUGUUCCACCAUGCCAAGUUUGGUGGUGGACAGUUAUCGGGGCAAGGAGAGCGCGUCGCUGGGCAAGAGGGGGACAGAGAGCGGGGGUCUUGUCUCCAGACUUUUAGCCAAACCUCAACCCUGGGAGGAUAUUGAGUCGGACUAUGAGGAGCCAUCAAUACGGACAGCAUCCAGAGAUCUCCUGGACACUGAUCGGACUGAGGACUGGGACGAGCCGAGGAUCUUAGGGGGUUUGGGGGCGAGAGGGGCCGCGGAGCCGAGCGCGAUGUCCAGCUUCUCCUCCGGGGCCGGGAGCAAGAAGCUGCCCCAGGCCAUCAUCAUCGGGGUGAAGAAAGGAGGUACCCGGGCUUUGCUGGAGUUUCUGCGGGUGCACCCUGACAUCAGAGCCGUGGGAGCUGAGCCGCACUUCUUCGACCGCAACUACGAGAACGGACUGGAGUGGUACAGAGAGCUGAUGCCCAAGACUUUAGAGGGCCAGAUCACCAUGGAGAAGACCCCCAGCUACUUCGUCACUAGGGAAGCUCCGGCCCGGAUCUCCGCCAUGUCCCGGGACACCAAACUGAUCGUGGUGGUCCGGGACCCCGUGACCAGAGCCAUCUCAGACUACACGCAGACUCUGUCCAAAAAGCCAGACAUCCCUUCUUUCGAGAGCCUCACCUUCAAAAACAGGACUACGGGCCUGAUCGAUACCUCCUGGAGCGCCGUGCAGAUCGGGAUUUACGCCAAGCACCUGGACAACUGGCUGCAGCACUUCCCCAUGGAGCAGCUGCUGUUCGUGAGCGGGGAGAGGCUGAUCAGCGACCCGGCCGGAGAGCUGGGCCGCGUGCAGGACUUUCUGGGACUCAAACGCAUCAUAACAGACAAACACUUUUACUUUAACCAGACCAAGGGCUUCCCAUGUCUGAAGAAGGCCGAGGGCAGCAGCAAGCCCCACUGCCUGGGCAAGACCAAAGGGCGCACCCACCCCAACAUAGACCCCGAGGUGGUGCAGAGGCUACGAGACUUCUACAGACCCUUCAACCUCAAGUUCUAUCAGAUGACGGGGCAGAAUUUUGGUUGGGAUUGAUGUGAAAUCACCGGACUACUUUUUUUUAUUUUUUUCUGUUAAACCAUGGCAAAAUGUGGAAAUAUUGCUAUAUAUAUGUAAAAUGUACAGAAAUCUAUUUUAUAAUAAUUUAUUUUUUAUUUCUAAGCAAUUAAUUCACUAAGCUGCCUAACCAUAUUUGUACAUAACAUCCGGCCCUUGUGUCUUGUUUUGAAACAUUCCUCCAUUUUGUAUUGUUAUAUGUCGUGGUCCUCUCUUGUUGUCCUGUCAACUCAGUGAAUUAAAUGGUGCUUUUAAAAAUGCAGAUAAUCGGCGCAGACUGAAGGUAUAAUGUAAAGCAUCAUAUUACGGGUACGGAGCGCCCUCAGAGGAGUCCAUGUAUGUGCGUUUUGACUUGAUCAUAUCCUCAUCACAUUACGCUAAGUGCAUCUUUCAAAGCAUUUCACAUCUACACCGCUUCCCAUCUGCCCCUCACAACCAGCGUCCACGUCCGUCCACUCAAUCGCGGGUCGAUCAAUAACCCUAAUUGAUCUCCAUUGUGUCACUUCUGUUUAAAGUACACAGCGGCCCUCUCAUUCUAAGUGCUCCGACUGCUCGCUCCAAUGAACCGCCCAUCCAUCAUGCUCCGAAUCCUAUCCGCGUCCCCGUACGAAUCGUGUUGGCGCUGUACUAAUCUCAUAAAGGUAACUGGCUGAUCGAUACCGUCCCGUUCGCUAACUCCCCAUUAGGUCUAUAACGCUGGCUCAGAUCCAGGCUCCUGCCCUUUCUCCGGAGUUCAAAGGUCACGCAAAGUCAGAAUCAAAUUUUACUGAUAGCCAUUUCAUUUAGUGCAGGUAUUUAAAGCCGGUUUCGUUUAAUCUAAUUCCACCACGGAUGUCUUCUCGUCCUGGGAGGGCAGAUAAGAAAUUCCCUUAAAGGCCUGCUUUGGUGAACUACACUAGAAUCUGUUUUAUCUGUUGCAGAGGUCUGUCUUUGCAGUACCUUUUCAUGGCAGACUGCAGAUGCUUAGAACCCCAUCAACCACAAGGAGCAGGGUUCCCACGGUCAUGGAAAUCCUGGAAAAGUCAUGGAAAUUGAAUACGUAAUUUUCCAGGCCUAGAAAUGUCAUCGAAAUUUGUAGUUACAGUGAAAGUUUUGGAAAUGUCAUUGAAUUUUAGUGUAUCUUUCACUGAACUACAGCGUUCUGUUUGAUUAUUUACGAACAUCGGCGCCUUAUUUUUAAAAGAGACGACAAUAAAUGCACUGACAAGAUUUUGAAUGUUAAAAAACUAUAAUACCAAACCAUAAGGUGAGUGGAAAGGGUUAACAUUUCAUAAUUAACCUUAAACGUCUGAUCAAUUCUAAAAGUUAUGGAAAUGUUUUGAAAUUUUGUCAGUGAAAAAGAGUGGGAACCCUAUAGGAGGUCCUUACAAAAAAUAAUUACUUAAACUACUCCAGCUUUGUAAAUUUAUUGUCAAAUAUAUAUUGAAUUGAAAAUAUCAGAAGUUUUAGAAAUAAAGGGUCCCCAAAAUAAUCUUGCAUUGCGCCCAAAAAAAAGCUGGAAACGGCCCUGGUUCUAUUCUAAUUUUUGCAUCACAACCAAACAACAAAUACAAUCGCUACAACUGCAAUUGGAAUUUUUAUUUAUCUAUUUUUUUUUUGUCUUCUACAUUCAAUACUUGUUUUAAUAUAUCGGAGCUUAUUACAAAUGCAGGCUUAUAAGGGAUUUGGAGAAAUGCAGUGGUCUGUCUGUCAGUUGUCAUGAUUAAAGAUAAGCUUACAUUCAUGGUUAUUGGAAAUUUCACUUCCUUUUGCCGUACCAUCCUCCACCGUCAUACUUAAUGCCUUAUUGCCUGUCACGACACCACAUCUCAUCAACCUCUUUUACAUCUCAAACCUUUACGUGUUGCCAAAAACUCCUGGUUCAUCCACAUGACAAACUCUGUAUGUUUUGUAUUCACUCAUGCAUCGCUUCGUUGUGUGUUGUUAUCUUUCUACUUGAAUUCUUGAUAUGCAAGACAGAGAAAACGCAUAGUUAUCCAGAUUUGUUAAAAGGGCGCUACAUUGAGCUAUGCAUCUCUAUUUGGGAUCAUGGAAAGGGAUUUUUUUUAAUAGGUGGUUUUUGAUUGAAUGUACACCAUUGCUACCACAAAUCACUGUUUUUAGUUCAAGUUCUUUUUUUAAUAUUGGAAAAUGUUGUGCCUCUUUCACCGUUCAGCCAAACACCUUCACACAGUCAGCCAUUUUGUUGUUGUUUUCAAGUUGGAACCAUUGACUGGGUUAACCUCAAAACCAAUGUGUGAGAUUUGGGGUAAUGGGGGCUUGGCGCAUUGUACGUCUUGUUAGUUUUGUAGCCGAAAGCCUCCAUCGCCUCUUAUAUUGACCUUAUUUCAAACUUUGCAUGGGCCCCGCCGUCGUCAUUUUUCGGGUUGCGUUAUUUUGCAUGGGGCUGCUGAUUUCAACCAUAGACUGUAUAAAGAAGUGGACUAAGUGAGCGUGAUGCCAUAGUGUUUUGUUCCAGUCAAAUGAAGCUCAUAGAGGCCUGCAGUUAUGAAACUUGGCUCCACAUUCGCUCCAGAUUAAGAAUAGGAAUUAAUUUAUGGAUAAAAUAGCAAAAUAAAAACACCAUGAUCAUUUUGGGUCAAUACGAACAUUUGAAGACCGAAAUGAGGAGUCUGACAGUAGCAGUUACAGAGAGAGGGAUGACUCAAUUCCAAGAGUCAAUGGACCCCGAAGUGCACCCAUGCUCACUUCCUAUUUGGAGUGGUUACCUAUGUCCAUUUAUAUUUUCAGUCUAUGAUCUCAACAAAUCAGCAAGUUGCUAAUGCAUUGAUGACUUGUUGGUGCACAUGAACAUUGGGACAUUUUAGCACAAACCAACUUAUUUUACAUAAUAUUUUAGGAGCGAAACUUCAAAUUCAACUCAAAUUCUCCAUUGGAAUUAAUGGGAUUCCCCUUUAACCCGAUGUGCGUAAGUGGGUGGGGCGGAAUAAGGUCAAUACUUUAGUGCAAUGUUUAAAUCAGAUUAAGCAUUUACGAUGGUCUGUAUCUAGGUUCACAUACCGUUCUCAAAAUUCCAGACGUAAAAAGAAAAAAAAUAAUUAAAAUCUCCAAAAUACAUAAUUCUGCGCUCAUGGGUUCAUUCCAUGCUGCUGCGUCUGUUACGGUUGAGUUUUAUUCAACCAGAUUUAAGAUCAAAAACAUGAGAAAAUGUUUGUCUUACCCUCAUAUAAUAUGUAUUUAGCCUAGCAGAUCGGUAUGUACAAAAGAGGACAUGUAAAUCGAAUAUUUUGUGGUAUGUUCAUCAAAGGAAUUAAUUUUACACAAUGCAAGAGUGAAAUGGGAGAGAUGUUUCUAGAUGAUUAAAUACUGAACAUUCAUAAUAUUUC